AUGGUGCGGAAUGAAAGUAUGGAAAAUUUAACAACUCCUGGAAAGAUUGCAGAGAGAAGAGAUCGCGUUAACAAAAGACAAGACACCGGUCUCGUGGCCGAGUCCUUCAACUACUCCCACGAUCCAGGUUCUAAUCCUGCAGUUUCUACAGGUUCAUCUGGUAGCCAACCCCCGGCCAGCCCAGCCGUCCUUCCUUUCGAGGUUGGUGAUUUGGUAGACGACAUAAGUUGUCGCAUGUUGGCCGGCGAGAUAUUUCAGUGGUUCAAAUGCUCGCUGAGUCAAACCUCUCAAUGGCUAUUUUUUACUCGAUCAUGUCUGGCAGAGAUUUCACCUGAUGUGUUGUUUACAACCAGCGGUGCAUGGGUCAGUUGGUCCAGGGAAGGUUGUGCAAGUGAUGCUUGGAUGGCAACAGAAGUUCAGAGUUUAAAAUUUAAACAGAAUUUUACUGCAGUUAAAGAAGCAGCUGGAACAUUUACGUGCUACACAGACAAUAACAUAGUGAAACUUCUCAUUGUUAAAGACAAAGAUUUGGAGAUGGUCAUAACUCCAGAGACUUUAAUGGAUGGGCAGAACAUGACAAUCGACAUUUCUGGCAGCUAUUACAUGGGUGCUUCACAAGCCUCUCCAAACACAAUUACGAUAUUCAAUGGAGAGGAUCCGAUUGGUUCCUUCGAAGCUGAUUUCAAUGUUGUUUCAAAAUUAACGUCAUUUUAUAUUAGUACAACUCUUCCAGCUGAUUACAGAGCCACAAACAACUUCAAGUACGUGUGGUCUUUUAAGAAAAAUUCAGAUCUAGCAUUAUAUGAAGCAAGAUUCAAUUACACCAAACCAGUUAAAGUUUACAAGCCUGUUACAGAUGUUAAAUUCAACAGCACUCAUACAUGCGUCGAUCGUUCAAUCACUUGCUACGGGGUUGGAGUGCCACCGCCAACAUAUAGCAUCUCAUGCAUUCCACAAGAUGAUGAUGGAAGUAGUAGCAGCAGCAACAGUCCUGUCACAUCAGAUACUAAUAUUACAACCUUAACUAAGAAUGGCACGUAUAAUUGCACAUGCACUGCUUCUAAUGUCAUCACCUCUGUAACAUAUAGAGCUGCAAAUAGUAGUUCGGUCAUCGUUUAUAACGAUUCCAACUUCACGGUCUUAAUUAAUUUCAGUAAUUUUUAUUUAAUAGGCAAUCAGAUCCCCAAACCUGAAGACGAUGCAGGGAGAUCUGAAAAGAUUGGCAUAGGAGUUGGCGUGGGUGUUGGCCUGUUGGUUCUCGUCAUCUGCAUAGUGGCCGCUGUCCUUCUCGUGAAGAAGCACAAGAGUAAAAAGGUCACCUCUAAGCAGAAAGGGCCCCAAGACAUAGUUGAAACCGUGAACAACACGCUAUACGGCCACCUACCAGAGAGUUCAAGUUAA